UUGACACUUGACAUUUAAAAAUUGAGGUUAUUUGUUAGUAAAUAAAAGAAUUUGGAAAUAUACAAAUAAAUUCCGAUUUAAAAUGUCACUAAGCCUUCUUUUAGAGAAAUAUGAUGUGUCUACAGAUGAGGGUUUACAAAAGGCACUUAACGAAAUCGAGAAGGAAGAACUGGAGGUAGAUGAAGCCCUUACCGGUGUGUUGUCUCGAGCUUGUUCUCUGGAGGGCAGGCUGCGUACCGCCAGCCAGGCGUAUACGAGGUUGGGGGAAGUGAAGGCCGAUGCUCAGGUAGCAGCCGAUAUGGUAGAAAAGACUGCAGACUUGGCCAGGGAUGUUAGCGCUAAAGUCAGACAACUGGAUCUCGCGAGGUCUAGGGUAGCAGAAUGCCAGAGGAGAGUACAUGACCUGAUAGAUCUUCAGCUGUGCAGUGCUGGAGUCGAGGCUGCCAUUAAGGCUCAUGACUAUGAAACUGCGGCUGGUCACGUGUCUCGUUACCUGAGCAUGGACCCGGGCUCGGUGGCGGCGGCUCGCGCCCGCGGCGCUGCCGACCCGCGUGACGCCAUGACACGCGCUGCUAACACGCUUAGAGAACAUCUCAUACGCAAGUUCGAAGAAGCGGCUCGCAAGGAAGAUGAGGCGAGCGUGGAGCGGCUGUUCAAGUUGUUUCCGCAGAUCGGCUGCGCUGAGGAAGGCGUCAAUUUGCUGGCCAAGUACCUCGCUACGAAGACGGAAACGGCGAUGCGUGCGGCGACGUCGGCGCCGGCGGAGUCGUGCGCGGCGCCGCUGACGCGCGCGCUGGAGGCGGCGGCGGGCGCGGUGGAGCGCGCGCGCCUGCUCGCCGCCUUCGCGCCCGGACAUCUGCAUAUCGCCCUCGCCACGCUGCAGCCCACGGUGUGCGCUGCGUGUGCGUCGGUGUGCGCGGGGCUGCAGCGGUCAGGGCGAGCGGCGGCGGCGGCGGCGCGGCGCGGGGGGGCCGGCGCGGGGGGCGGGGGCGCAGGCGGCGCCGCGGGGGGAGGGGGCGGCGCGCUCGCACUCGAGCCGGCGCUGGCCGACCUGGCGCUCUCGCUCUCACGCAUCACAUUAUACUUCAACUUCCUGCGCAGGAAGGCACAGGCUGAUGCGGCACCGCUUGACGAGGCAGCUCAGAAGAAAUGCUUGGAUGCCGUAGGAAAAAUCAUCGCUGAUUGCGACCUCACCAGGACGACUCAAGACCUACUCGGACUCUACCUUGAACUUGAAAGGUCUUUCUUAGAGGAAAGCGUGAACAAAGCGCUGAAGAUGGCGACGCCACAGACCGGCGCCACGACAUCCACGUUAGUCGACGAUGUGUUCUUCAUCGCGAGAAAGGUUAUCAGACGCAGCAUCAGCACGGGCGUGCUGGACGGCGUGUGUGCGGUGCUGAACGAAACGUCGUCGUCGCUGGAGCGGCGUUGCGCAGGCGCACUGAGGCGCUGGGUGCGCGCGCCGCCGCCCGACCCGCUACCGCUCGCCGCGCCCCGACCCGCCGCGCACGCGCACGCGCUGCUCGACGCCGCGGGAGACCUCGCCGCACGCCUCAACAGGGACCUCGACGCGCAACGGCUGCUGUUUCUAGCACACAUGUCGGAAGCGGAAGCGGGCGCGGAGUGGUCGGAGCGGCUGGCGACGGACGCGGUGCAGGAGGGCGGGCGCCUGGCGCGCGGCGCGGGCGAGCGCGACAAGCUGGCGUCGUGCGCCGCGGGGCUCGCCGGCGCCGCCGAGAGCUUCCGCGCCGCGUACGACCUCGCGCGCGCCGCGCUGCUCGCCGCGCUCAAGCCCAAGCUGCUCGCCUGGGCCGAGGCGCUGGCCGACCCCGGCUCCGACCCUGAGGAAAUGGAGGACGAUGCGGAUGCGUUGCCGAUGGCUUUGGAUCAAUUUGUGGAAGCGGCCCGUGUGCACAUCUCCGCGCGCGCCACCGACGCGCUGCUCUACUCCAUGCUAGUGGAGAUCGUCACCAGGGCUGAGAAUAGAAUUCUUCACCAUCAUUAUGACAGGGCGGGCGGGCUGGCGGUGGAGCGGCGCGCGCGGCGGCUGGCGGCGUGGGCGGGCGCGGCGGCGGCGCGCGGCCGGGAGCGCGUGUCGCGGCUGGCGCAGUGCGGCGCGCUGCUGGCGCUGGAGCGCGCCGAGCACGCGCGCGAGGCGCUGCCGGCCGCGGCGCUGCACGCGCCCUUCGUCAAGGACGUGCUGGCGCGCAGAACCGACUUCAAAAUAGAAGACAUCAAGCGCCUGAAGCUGUAAAACACUUGAACAUUCACAACACAUAUUUAAUUCUAUAAAUUAUGUAACCAUACUUAGAAAUAAAUAAUAUAUUACUGAAUAUAA